UUCGAUUCGAAAUAAAUUCAGAUAAUAUAAAAGAAAUUGAAAGUUACGUCAAUGAAAAUAAAAACUUUUCACAAGGCACCGUUUACAGUGAUUAUAUUUACCAUUUUUGAAAAAUUUCACUCAAUAUUACCAAAAAAAUAUCAGCUAAAUAAUUCAGCUUGAAUCUCUGUCACCCAAUCUGUCACUUUGACUUUUUGAAUGUAAAAAUAUGACUUUUCAUAUGCGCCAUCCGCAAAAUGUGUAUGAAACAUUCGACACCGUCCGCAAAUUUGUAUGAAACAUCCGCCACCAUUCGCAAAAUUUGUAUGAAACAUUUGCGACCAUUCGUUUCCAUUUGCAAAAUAUAUAGGAAAAACUCGCUCGCAUAUGGAACAUUCGUAUAAGUCGGAACCCCCUAGAAUAUAAUCGAAUCGUGGUUGAGCAUAUUGUAAAUCCAUCGAAAAUCUCGAGUUCCGCAAUAAAGUUUCGAAGUGUUCAUUCAUUUUGAACAAAAUUAGAAAGCAUUCUCAACUAAUGGUGUAAUAUUUUGUUUAUUUGUUUCACUCAUGGUGAAAGUACCAUCACACAAAAAAUAUAAUGUAUUGAGCUAACACAAUCUAUUUGGAGCUGAAUCGUGAAGUGUAUUUUUUUGUAAUUGAUUUGAAAUACGAUACACAAAUCACACGUUAUCGUUGUCACUUGUCAACAUUUUGUUGGUUAUGUGCUCUAAAUGAAUUUCACACUACCACAGAAAAUGCCAAGAAAAUGAACUUGAUACCAUAUUAGAUUCAUGUUGUUAGAUGCGCACAAAUUGGAGCACAGUUCAAAAGUUGUAAAAAUCAAAAUAAAAGAAUUUACUGGCAAGGUAAUGAAUUAUCGAAAUGGUGUCAACAGUUACAAUUUCAACGAUAACAAAUGCCACUGAAUUCACUCACUAUUCGUUGGUCAAUGCAACGUCAGAAAUAUGUGCUGCUCUUUUCGAAGAUAAAAUUCCAUCAAUAUCAGGUUUAUAUUGUAAUUUCACAUUUGAUGGAUUCUUGUGUUGGCCGCCAACUCUCGCAAACGCAACUGUACAACAGCAAUGUCCACAAUGUAAUGGAUUAGAUGUGACGAGUUGGACGAAUUACACACCGUGUUAUACGGAUGAAAUGCGUGUCUUAAUGAAAGCGGUAUUCGAACAAGGAAAGGAAAUGGCAGAAAAAAAGUUUUUUAUUGCCGAAAGCACGAGGACUUUAGAAAUAUUCGGUUUAAGUGUAUCGCUGUUUACAUUACUCAUAUCAUUGAUAAUUUUUUGUAAUAUUCGAAGUUUACGAAAUGCACGCACCAAAAUUCACAAGAAUCUCUUUGUGGCAAUGGUAAUUCAAGUGUUGGUUCGGUUAACGGUUUAUUUAGAUCAAAUACGAAAUGGACGAAAUUUACCUAAUGAAAAUUUAUCGGGCAUACAAAAUACGCCUUAUCUAUGCGAAAGUUCAUAUAUCUUUUUGGAGUAUGCACGAACGGCAAUGUUUAUGUGGAUGUUUAUCGAAGGACUCUAUUUGCAUAAUGUAGUGACGGUAACUGUGUUUGCGUUUCAAGGCCAAUUUCCGCACACUUUCUAUGCAAUUCUCGGUUGGGGUUUGCCGGCAAUGAUGACGGCAGUUUGGGCAACGUUCACAGCAAAAUACAAAAAAGGAUUAAAAUGCUGGUGGGGAUAUAAUUUAACGUCAAUCUAUUGGAUAUUAGAGGGACCUCGUUUAGCCGUUUUACUAUUGAAUUUUAUAUUUCUAUUGAAUAUAAUUCGAGUGUUAGUAGUUAAGUUGAGACAAAGCCAUACGAGCGACAUUGAGCAAGUGAGAAAAGCGGUUCGGGCUGCAAUCGUUUUAAUACCACUACUUGGUAUUACUAAUUUAUUAAAUAUGACUGAUGCACCUCUCCAUCGAACUGCAUGGGAAUUUGGAUUGUGGUCAUACACAACGCACUUUCUCACUUCAUUUCAAGGCCUAUUCAUUGCUACGAUCUAUUGUUUUCUAAAUAACGAGGUUAGAGCAGCUUUGAUGAAAAGUCUCGGUGUGUAUAUGUCGUUAAGAGGAAAUUUUGAAUGGAUACCUCGGCGUCACUCAAUGUUUUCCGGUAACUAUGGUACUGCAGCCGACACCGAACAACAAUGCAACGAAAAUCAGAAUAGAAACCGUCAUCAACGUCAAAAGCAAAACAAUUGGAUUACAUUGUGCUUUAAUGAGAAGAAAAUGGUCAAAGACAAGGACAAAGACAUUCCACGUCCGUCUCCUGAAUAAUCAUACAAAAAUGGAUCUAAAUGAUCUCAAUGCACAUCGACUGAAUGGUUUCUUCACACAAUACUUACUUUACUUUACUAUAAAAUGGACUUCUCCGUUAAAUAAAAUAUAAAAAAGAAAAGUAAGUUUAUCGUUACUACUCUGUAGAUAGUGAAUGUUGGC